AUGGGCAAGGAUAUUGUUAUUCAAGAAUGCGAACAGCCUGGAGGACACAGCAGGUUGUGGAAUUAUGAAGAUGUUAAUCAUGUAUUGAUAAUAGAAACAGGAACUGAAAAAGUUGAAGGCAUAUUGCUUGUUAUGCCUUGGAGUUAUUAUUUGGAGCUAUGUUCCACGGCCUUCAUAAAGAUGUGCAAUCUUAUAUUCCUCAAACUCGAAGUUUGGAAUAAGUCUUUAACUGCUAUUUCUAUGCAAUUAUCUGCUGUGAAAACUCUGAAUGACUCCAAUUUUGAUGACUGGAAAGAGUCUCUGAGCAUGUACCUUGCAAUAGCCCAACUAGAUUUAGCCUUAAGGGUUGAUGCACCUACUGAACUUACUGAUGAAUCCAUAAUUGCACCUGUUCUCUCAAGUGAGAAACUCUCUAAAGCUCAGUGUCCUCAGGAUGACAAGGAAAGGACUGAAAUGGAAAAUAUUCCAUAUGGAUCGGGCUAUUACACUAAAUCCUUGAAGGACAAACAAAUUAAGACCUUUACGGAUGAAGAGCUUCAUAAAGGAGAAGAGAUCUCACCAGAGCUCUUGAAAAUAAUCCAAGAAUCAAGCGUCUCAAUAGUCAUUUUCUCUGAAAAUUAUGCUGAUUCUCCAUGGUGUUUGGAUGAGCUUGUUGAGAUACUUAAAUGCAAGGAAGAAUCAGGACAAAUAGUUCUACCAGUUUUUUACAAAGUGGAUCCAACUGACGUUCAAAAGCUUACAGGGAAUUUUGAGAAGGCAUUUGCUAUUGCUAUGCAUGGAGAAAAAGGCAAUUCACAAAAGGUAGACAACUGGAAGCAUGCUUUGAUGGAAGUAAGCAACUUAUCAGGAUGGGAUUUACAGAAUAUGAAGUAUGAGUCCAAAUUAGUUGAGGAAAUCGUCAAUGAUGUUUUGGAGAAAUUUAGUUAUAUGCCUAAAAAUGAUGAUUCUUAUGAUCGCAACUUGAUUGGAAUUGAAUCGCGUGUAGAAAAAGUGGAAUGGUUGUUAAAUGAUAAGCAAGUUAUGGGGAUUUGGGGGAUGGGAGGCACUUGUAAAACAACUAUUGCUCAAGAAGUAUUUCGCCGAAACAAGAAUAAAUUUGAUGGUCAUUGCUUUGUGGAAAAUGUUAGGGAAACAAUGACAAAGUAAUCAUCAAAAUCAGUAUGAGACAAAAUUAUUUGUCAAUUAUUAAGAGACAAAAAUUUACAUAUAGACACAUCGGAUUUGUAUGUUUUUACUAGGAGAAGGCUCCAGAGUAUUAAAAUAUUCAUUGUUUUUGAUGAUGUAGAUGAUUUUAACCAUUUAAAAAAUUUAGUAGGAGAGCGUGAUUUGUAUUGUGAGGGAAGUAGAAUCAUUGUAACUAGUAGAGAUCGGCAAGUACUUGAAUAUGUUUGUUCAAAGGAUGGCAUAUAUGAGGUUGAGAAUUUAAUUCAUUCUCAAGGUUUGGAACUCUUUAGCUUGCAUGCCUUCAAGCAAAAUCUUCCCAAGGAAGGAUAUAUGGAGCUAUCAGAGAAGGCAACAACCUAUGCUGGAUUCAAUCCAUUAGCUCUUAAAGUUUUGGGAUCUCAUUUAUUUAAUAUGGGGAUUGAAGAAUGGAAAAGUGAAUUGAAAAAAUUGAAAGGCGAAUCUCUUGAGAAAAUUCAAGAUGUUUUGAAAACAAGUAAUGAUGAGCUUGGAAAGAUUGAAAAGAAAAUAUUUCUUGAUGUUGCAUGUUUCUUCAAAGGGCAAAAUAAAGAUGAGGUUGAGAGAACAUUAGAAGUAUUUGGUUUCUAUCCAAAAAGUGGAAUACCUCGCCUAAUUAAUAAAUCUCUCAUAACUGUUUCGUCACUCAAUGAGAUUCAUAUGCACGACUUGCUGGAGCAAAUGGGCAAGGAUAUUGUUAUUAAGGAAUGCAAACAGCCUGGAGGACGUAGCAGGUUGUGGAAUUAUGAAGAUAUUAGUCACGUAUUGACAACAGAAAUGGGAACUGAAAAUGUUGAAGGCAUAUUGCUUUAUACGCCUUGGAGCUGUAGUUUGAAGCUAAGUGCCACGGCCUUUAUGAAGAUGUGCAAUCUUAGAUUCGUCAAAGUCAUGCGUGAUCCGAGGAAUAUCAUUGAAUUUUGUCCAAGCCAAGUGCACCUUCCUAACAACUUUGAAUUUUGCCCACAAAUGCUGAGAUAUCUUCACUGGGAUUAUUAUCCUCUAGAAUCUUUGCCACUAAACUUUUGGCCAAAUAAUCUAGUGGAACUUCAUAUGCGUCAUAGCAAACUCAUACAACUGUGGAAUGGAGGAGACAAGGUACAGUUUAUAGAAGUUAAUUUGUAUCUUCUAAUUUAUUGAUAUUUUUCUAUUUAA